AUGCCGGGCAGCGACACGGCGCUCACGGUGGACCGGACCUACUCCGACCCGGGCCGGCACCAGCGCUGCAAGACUCGGGUGGAGCGCCAUGACAUGAAUACCCUAAGCCUGCCCCUGAACAUACGCCGAGGCGGGUCAGACACCAACCUCAACUUCGAUGUACCAGAUGGCAUCCUGGACUUCCACAAGGUCAAGCUCAAUGCCGACAGCCUGAGACAAAAAAUUCUAAAGGUGACGGAGCAGAUCAAAAUCGAGCAGACAUCCCGGGACGGGAAUGUUGCAGAAUAUCUUAAACUAGUCAACAGCGCUGACAAGCAGCAGGCUGGGCGUAUCAAACAGGUCUUUGAGAAGAAGAAUCAGAAAUCAGCUCACUCCAUUGCCCAGCUGCAGAAGAAGUUAGAGCAGUAUCACAGAAAGCUCAGGGAGAUCGAACAGAACGGAGCCUCCAGAAGCUCCAAGGACAACCUGAAGGAUAUCCAGCACUCCCUGAAAGAUGCCCAGGCCAAGUCUCGAACUGCUCCGCACAGCUUGGAGAGCAGCAAGUCAGGCAUGCCGGGGGUCUCCCUCACUCCACCGGUGUUUGUCUUCAAUAAGUCCAAAGAGUUUGCCAACUUGAUCCGGAAUAAGUUUGGCAGCGCAGACAACAUUGCUCACUUAAAAAAUUCCUUAGAGGAGUUUAGGCCCGAGGCGAGUGCCAGGGCCUAUGGGGGCAGCUCGACCAUCGUAAAUAAACCCAAGUACGGCAGCGACGACGAGUGUUCGAGCGGCACAUCGGGCUCCGCUGACAGUAAUGGGAACCAGUCGUUCGGGGCCAGCGGAGCGGGCACACUGGACGGCCAGGGGAAGCUCACCAUGAUCCUGGAGGAACUGAGGGAGAUCAAGGACACCCAGGCACAGCUGGCCGAGGACAUCGAGGCCCUGAAGGUGCAGUUUAAGAGAGAAUACGGUUUUAUUUCUCAGACCCUGCAAGAGGAGAGAUACAGGUAUGAGCGGCUGGAAGACCAGCUCCACGACCUGACGGACCUGCAUCAGCACGAGACGGCCGACCUGAAGCAGGAGCUGGCCAGCAUCGAGGAGAAGGUGGCCUACCAGGCCUACGAGCGCUCGCGGGACAUCCAGGAAGCCUUGGAAUCCUGCCAGACUCGCAUCUCUAAGCUGGAGCUCCACCAGCAGGAGCAGCAGGCUCAGCAGACAGACACGGCGAACGCCAGGGUUCUCCUGGGGAAGUGCAUCAACGUGGUGCUGGCCUUCAUGACCGUCAUCCUGGUGUGUGUGUCCACCAUCGCCAAGUUCGUCUCGCCCAUGAUGAAGAGCCGCUUCCACAUCAUUGGCACCUUCUUCGCUGUGACUCUUCUCGCAAUAUUUUGUAAAAACUGGGACCACAUUCUGUGUGCCAUUGAAAGGAUAAUAAUACCCAGAUGA